UACAAGCAAAAAUGUUACACAUAACCUGUGGUAUUGUAUUCCAAAUAAAUAAAGUGAAAUGAAAUAAAAUUUGUGUUAUAACUAAACAAAAGAAAAAAAAACGUAAAAACAUGCUGUAAAUAUCUCAAAUUCAUAAUUUAAUAUUUGGAAAUGAGUUCCGAAAGUAGUGAAGACGAAUACAAUCCGAGCGUUUCUAGAGAAAAUAGAACUGCAAGAAAAUCAGUUUCUCAACCGGCUUCACAAACGUACGUAACUAGAAGACAAGCAGCCAGAAAUGCUAAUAAAUUAUUAAAAGCCAAUUCUGAUUUGUUUAUGGCAAAUUUCAAUCCGGAAACCAGCACUAGAGAAAAAAGAAAAUUAAACAGAAAAAUCAAUCCGCCCAGUAACGUACGCAGACCAUCGGGAGCUUUAUACGAUGAAAAUGGUAUACACAUACAGACAGGAGUGGAUUUGUGCGACUGUCUGAAUGAAGAUUGCGCGGGGUGUUUCUUCGAAUGUUCCAAAUGCGGAUCACAAAAAUGUGGUACUGACUGUAGAGUACAUAGAAAAUAUAUGGUAGAACAAGUUGAAUAUCAUGGGUACGAUCACAUUAUCAAGAAUCCUUUUAUAAAACAUUAGAUAAUAGCAAAACGCAUUUGCAGAUUAUGUUCUAAAUUAUACUGGAGCCUAAUUUAAUAGUAUUUGAAAUUCUUUUUAUAUGAUACUUUAUUGAUUAUUAUUGAUCAUGUACACUCGUAAUUUUUCAUUAUUAAAGAUUAUUAUUUUCUAAUUUAAAUCAAUAAAAAUUUAAUUAAUAA